AUGAUUACCAUCCCCAAUAAGUGUUAGCUUUGGGAUUUUUCUACUCUUGAAAAGAAAUAAGGAAAAUGUGGGAUGUUAUCUUGUUAACUAUAGCAAAGCAUUUUGUUGCUGUUCUUAUUUAUUGGAACCCAUUCACACGGAAGGAUAAUUAACCAUUUGUUGCAUUGAAAACAUUUGCUCCCUCCCGCACCCCUCUAAAUCUCACAAUUCUUGAUUUUUGUGGAGCUGCUGCUUCCUAUUUCUACUUCUCCAUCACCUCUUCCAUCCCCCAUUCACAGCUCUUCUCCUCAUGCUCUGGCUCUAGGCAGUUUGAUCCAUCCUCACACUUGGAGUGACUCCUAAAGCAACAUUUUAAAACUUGACCUUUCUGAGUCUACCAUUUCUAAUUACCUUCUAAGCAUUUCUUCCUUGAUAUGCAUAUUCCACUUUAAACUCAACCAUUGAAAUCAAACUCAUCACGUCGCCUUCUUAAAACCAGCAUCAUCUUCUGAUGCUUCCAUUUUUAUUGGUGUAAUGAGAGUGCCACGUAUGGUUCUUACAGACUGUACUCUGAACAACAUGACAUGGCUGAGGGUUGAACAGGAGGUGAAACUACUGUAUUCACAAGUAGUGCACUUAGACGCAGGGCUGUAUCAGCCUUAAACCUUUUAACACAUCCUCUACUCACAGAGGUUGCCUGGUCAUACAAAGGUGGCAUAGGUGCUAUUGGAGGCCCUAAGAAUCACCACCUUUCUCUUUCAGUCAUCUAUUUCAAAAACUCAUACCCUCUAUUCAUUCUGGCCUCUUGUAGUCCCCCAUAUAUAAUAUGUUGCAUUCACCCUUUUCUUUUCAUGCACACUGCUAGGAACCCAGUGCAGUCUGAUGCCUCAUUCCUGAAAAGUUCAAAAACAUUUUCAUUGAACUCUCCUCUAAGUCCUUUCUCUGCUCCUGUCUGUCCUUCACCCUCCUACAAAUUGCCUUUCCUUAAAGCACAAUUUUAUCUUGUCACUUGACUGCUAAAAAAUUUCAUGGGUUCCUUAUUCCCUAUAUUAUUAAAAACAAACUCUUCAGCCUAUCACUCUUUGACCAGCCAAGGUCUAAAAUAUUUGUGAUCUCUUGUGCAGUAUCUUGCAUGUUGUAAUCAGCAAAUAUUUAUUUAAUUAUUAAAUUUGAGGUCUCCCACAAUAUGUUUCCAGUGCCCACUUCCCACUUAGAUCCAACUAGUCCCUGACUUGUAUCCAUGGCACCAUUGUGUGAAUUAGUUGAUAUUUAUAGAACCAGUCCCCAAGUAUCCUGUUGCCGAUUCAUCCACCUGGGGCAUCAUUCUUGCCCAAUCUCACCAACGUCCAUUUCUGGACCUCCUCUCUAUAGGCUUUCCUUGGUCUGUCUCUGUUCUUGUUCCUUUAUUAUGGCUCACUUUUCAUUUUAUUUUCUUGUCUUAAAGUCACCCUUGGUUUGUUCCUUCCACUAGACGUUAAGAUAGUGAGGCUAACAAGUUGUUUCGUUUUGUUUUGUUUUACUUUUCUUUGCCUCCUCUUGAAGCCCAAGCACAAUGAGGAAUAUGUAGAUAUUUUUUAAAGUUUGUAAAUUGACUCAUUCUUGUUUUAUUGAUUCCUGGAUGCCUAAGAAGAUACAUAUUCCAGACCAUUGUCCUCCAUAAAAAAUCCAGAAUACUCAAGCUAAGAUAGGACUCAUGCUCCUUUCCUUUCUGAGUUUUCCAGAUUCUCUGUCUGUAUCUGUUCUCUCUGUGUCUCUCUGUUUAUAUGUUCUCUCUAUGUCUCUCUGUCUAAACUCUGUUCUUCCUCUUGGUUUGUGUUUGAUUUCCAUCCUGUGGGAAGCCAACGACCUACUUGAAUGGUCCACUUCUGGGUUCCUUGGACCUGGGCUGCCUGAAUCAUCUUGGUGAUUAUGAGGGAACCCUCAGAGGAACAGUUGUACCCCCAAAUUAAGUCUGCACAGCACUGCUUAUUUGACCUUUGAGAAUCAGUAAGUUCCUCCUCUGGGAAACAGUUGGUUUAAUGCCGAUGCAAUUUUUGCCUCUGUGCUUCUCUGAAUCUAUUCACUGGGGAAAAGAAAACUUGGGAGAACUGAUAUGGGGACCUGUUCUCACUUCCUAUUCUCUUUGUGUUCUAAAUUUCUUUAGCUGGCCCUGAACCUAGUCUCAUUUUAAUCAUAAGACUCUGGUUCAGCUCUUGGACAGUUUUUCUUAAGCCUGUUAGCUAGAAUAAGAGACUGAUUCACUUAGCUCCAAAGACAAAGGACACUUGCUCCUUCCCACCAGAAGGUGUUCUUAGAUGACUCAGAACUGAGGGAAGUGUCAGUCCCAUAGAGGAGAUCUCCCCCAUGAUAAUUCAUUUUUGGCUUGCCUGGGAUGCACACGUAAAACUGAUCAUCCAGUGCUCCGAGCCCCACAGUGGUUUUAGACUGUCACUGGGAGAAACCAAGACACAUAUGAGGGGAAGAUCAGCCCUUUGGUGACUCUCUGGGAAGUUCUUGCCAUAAGCAGCACAUUCGAUCCACCAAAUGCUUUCCCUACAAUAGAGUUUCAGCUUCUAACCCUUUUUCUUUCUUUUCCAGUGCUGGGUAGAUGUGUCCUCAUGGCAGUUCUGGAAUGUUGGUAUUGUGUUGAGGAUUGGUGGCCAAUCCUGUUGACCAAAACUCUUAGAAUAAAGAAGUGGCCCUGCUACCCCUGGUUGCACUGGGUUUUCAGCUUAUCUGGAGAGAUGCUGAAUUCCAGGAGCAUGAAAAGAUUCUGUCUCCACAUUUUCUUUCAGCUGCUCAAAUCACUGAAAUGCUAACAGAAGACAUAAAUGGAGUUCAACAAAAACUGAAAAAGUUUUUGAAUUUCAAAAACCUUCAAAUCUGUUUAAAGGAAGCCAUUCUACUAGAUUAUUAUGUAUCUGGAUUUUUGUGGGCUAGAGGAAUGGACUUUUCUGUUAUUCAAUAUUCAAAAUUUAUGACUUUACUAGAUAUGUUACUUCAUAAUCUUAGAACACUGCAUAUGUCCUUAGAAGACAGCAUAAAAUGGCUUGGAGAAGUUAUGGCUGAAAUAGGACCACCCCAUUCACAGAAAAAUGAAGAAUGGAGUUUUUUUAAUAUAAAACAAGCCAAUGCUAUCAUCGAUUACUUAAAAAUCAGCUUAUUUCAACACUACAAGCUAUAUGAGUUUCUAUUCUACUCUACCAGGGAAGAAAUUGUGAUAGGAACUGAGCAAAUGAUAGAGGUUGUCAAGCCUUCAGGUGGUCUCCUCCCAGAUCCUCUAGAAGAAGGAAUCUCAUUUGACAUUUAUUCAACAUUCAUAGAACCACCCCCAACGUUGGAUGCAGAAGUGAAGGGGUUGGAUCAAGAACAAGUCCCUGAGGAAUUCCAGUCAGAAGCCAACAUUUCCGAUGCGGAUCCUUUAGUGGGUUUCACCAUUGAAGAUAUAAAAUCAGUGCUGGGUCAAGUCACAGAUGAUAUUUUAAUCGGCAUUCAGACCGAGAUAAACGAAAAGCUGCAAAUACAGGAAGAGGCCUUCAAUGCACGAAUAGAAAAACUGAAAAAGGCCUGAGGACUUAGUGCAAGGAGAGUGAUGCUUAAACUUCAGAGAAACAAAUAAAACCAGCCAGAAUAAUAGACUCUCCAGAGCAGCAGAUAUCCUUCCUUUCGUUGGGAGAGGGAAACCAAGCCCCACUUUUUAUUAUCCUAAGUAAUUAGAAAAGUAUUGGCCCCAUUUUGCUAUCUCCUGUCCCAUAACAGCCUCUGAAUUUAUUGCACUAAGUGUAAUAAGAACAUUCUGUAUACAAGAGUUUGGAGAAUUAUAUAUAAAAAUACAAUUACUUUUACGAUACUCCUUUGACAUUUUGACUAAUAAAUGCUAUUCAUCUUCAGGGAGAAUGAAGCCCACUUUUUUUAAAUAAGGAAAAAUAAUAAUUUUAUCCAUAUUGACCCAAUGAACUGCCACAUUACUGGAGCCCUGUGAACAGAUAACCACAUGGCCAAGGAUAAAACUUGCUAAACAAUAGCAAUUAAAAUGCAUAUACUAUGGGUUUUUUCCCCCUUAAAUCGCUUGGUUUUCUUAUUUAAACGUUUCAGUGUGAAACCAAUUUUCUGAAAUUAUAUAAUGCAGUUUGAAACACUUUAAUUUAUUCUGUACCGUAUUUGUUAUUUCUAAUCUUGUUACUCUCCCAGGAGAAUACAUGACCUAUAUAAAAAGAAGCAAUGUAUAAAUGGUUAUUAAAGACCAACCUAUAUAUAGGUUGUAAAAAUCUUAAAUACAAAUCAAACUCACAGAGCUCUUAAAAUGAACCAUUAUAUUGCAGUAGAAUGAUUGAAAACAUCUCAAGCCUUUAAAUACCUUUAUGAAAAUAUAAUUUUAGAAGAAAAAUAUCCAUUUACCAAUUGAUUGUUUCAGGUUGGAUAAAUUAAAUUAAUUAUGAGCUAUAUCCUUUCCAAAUUUCUUAGACUUCAGAGUAUCCUAGAAUGGAGAACAUUACUGGGAAGGGGAGAGUUCCUUUAAGAAAUUCCCAGUUUAUACCGGAACCAGAGGGACUUGGUAGAAUAUGUUCUAUCUACAUCCUAACUUUGGGCCAGACCUUACCUUCUCUAUCAGUAUCAGAGGGAUUGCCCAAAAUGUAGAGACAGAUGUUGAGGUAGAGACAGAUCUGACAGCAUUUGAUAGUUUUCUAACUGUGCUGAUCAGUAAAGCCAAGAGUGGUCCUUAAGAUAAAGCCAUGUUUAUUGUUCAUCGGUUCCUAGUCUGGAAGGCCUGGAGAUACGCUGUGCUUCUUCCUUGAGCUGUCCUUCCCAGCUGAAAACAUUGAUGGCCACAGGAGAUCAGUAGGAGGGCUUGUGAGGCUUGAUUUUUCCAAGCAGUCUUUUCUCCAGGGAAAACAGAGGUGAAACUAGAGAAACCACAAAUGGAAUAAAGGAGCUCCUGGAAAUCACCAAGCACAGCUUCAAAUGCAAUCAUUGGCACAGAGUGGACCCGCAUUUCUAAUAAAGUGCUUAUUUUGAACAAGAGUACCAGCAGUCUAAAAGUGA